AUGCUGCACUUGCUGGGCAAGUCUCCCUACAUCGUCAGUCUGCAUGGGAUAUACGACUCUGAACGCGAGUUCUGGACAGUGAUGGAGCUUUGUGCUGGUGGGCGAGUUUCCGACUGGCUGAGAAGGCAUCCGAACACCGCCACGACCGUCUCAAAGCAACUGCUGGAGGCGGUCGGUCACUUGCACACAAGGCUGAUUUGCCAUCUCGAUAUCAAGCCCGACAACGUGCUGCUCUCAGGGGCAGGAGAAGUGCGUCUUUGUGAUUUCGUGACAGCAUGUCAGCUCCAGCAGGCUGACCAGCAACUUGUUGGGAAAUGCGGAACCAUUGACUUCCGUGCUCCAGAAGUUGAAGGCGGAGGUGCCUACAACGGCUUGAAGGCUGACGUGUACUCUCUUGGCCGGACUCUGCAAGUCGUCAAGGAACUCCGCGAAGCGAAAUGUGCUUGGCCAGAGCUGGAAGAGAUCCUUCCCCGAAUGAUCAGACACGAGCCACAAGCACGGCCAGAUAUCGAGUCAAUUCAAAAGUACCUCACUGACUCGCAAGGUGCACAGCUGGACUGGAGCUCGCUGGAGUCCAUAAGCUACGAGCAGGCAUUAGUCGAGAACUCGCCGCUGUUGCCAUGUGUCAUCGCCGGCAAAGCUGCUCCUCCUAAGGAGGGGAAGCAAGCAACCGGAGCAACUGGAGCAGCUGGAGCGAAACCUGCGAUGAAGGCUGCUUGCCGCUCGAGCUACUGCCGGCGGAGCUCCGACAGCCAGACGCUAUUUCCACAGGCAUAG